GUCACAUAGCAAGCGCAAUUCCAAAACUGCUGUUAACAGGAAGAUACUGUAUUUAUGUGAUUUAUAGCAGUUAGCGAUUAUAGGAAGAAUCAAUGUAUGGGCAUCGCAUACCUUCUUUUGCUAAAACCUGUAAUACUGAAAUGAGCUCGACGCUGUUUUGGAGCACAUGUAUUUAGAAAUAAAAUCAUCAAUUGAAAUAUUUGUCAUAAAUACUAAAUAAUACCACUUUGAUCACUUUUUCCAUACAUGCAGGCCAAUACUCCAAACUCGGGCACUGGUGCAUCUGAGGAUGAGUGGAAGCCUGAGGAUUACAGGCCAAGCAAGCAAAAUAUUAAUGACAUCAAGACACCUAAGGGGAAUGAGCCGGUGCCGAUUGGAGAGGGAUACGCAACAGUGCCAGCCAGGGUCCUUAAGCAAAUUGAUUGGAGAUCAUACACUAGUGCGACAAGGAAACUGUUGACUUCGGUGUUUACACGCCGAGAGUUAGCGACUCAUUCAUUGACCGGGAAAUCUUCUCCUGCCUUCCCGGGAAAACCUGCGAAGAAACGUCUCGAUCCCGAGCUCGUCAAUGACAUCGUGCAGAUUGUCGUUGAAAAAUCAAAGGUCAACGCAAGCUUGGUGCGGUAA